AUGGACGAUCAAACUUCAAACAUUACCACAUCAAUUCCUCAUCUUGAAUUGCCUCUAAAACGAUUUCAAAUAAUCAAAAAAUUACUCAAAGAGUAUUUAUUCAGCGACGUCAAUAAAAAUCAUGAAGAGAUUUCUAAUCUUUUAGAUGAAGUUCGAGAGACCAAAAUUUGGCAACAUGCAGGUUACGAAAGUUUUUACAAGUUUUGCCAAGAAGUUAUUGGCCAAGAUAUUGAAACCAUUAUAAACACUUAUAAGUCUGUUAAAAAAAGUGUUUACGCUGAUCAAAAUGCGAAGUAUGAGAUCAGAGUAUUAAAACUUAAACGUAAAAUGAGAGAAUUGGAGUUUAAUGAAGUAUUAAUUGGUAAAAUUACAGAAUAUCCAAGGGAUGCAUUACAUUUAAUCAUUAGAUUUUUCAAUAGAUUCUCGAAACAUGAAAGGCUUUCGAUAUUGGUUGAUAAUUUAGAUUACCAAGUGAAUUUGUGGAGAAGUCUUAGAUCUAAAAGAAAAUCAAGGACAAAUACACCCAUCAAUAAGGACGAUGUAAAAGCGGCAAUUGAUAUGGUUGAACGCAUGGAAAGUAUGAAAGCGGUGGAAACAGAAAGGAAAAUGAAAUAUAAAGAACAGGCUAGAAAAGAAAGUGAUAGUAGUGAUGAGACUAUAAGAGAGGAGAUGGAUGAUGGUUUUAUAUCCACUGAUUUAGUAGAAUUGGAAAGCCCAGGAGAAUCAAGCGAAGGAAAUGAAUGUAGCUGGUGCGAUCUGAUAGGUGGAAGUGUUUUGAAAUGUGGGCAGUGCGCAAAUGGAAAGUGUGUUGAAUGCACAAUGGAAGAGAUCAGCAGGGAUCAUAACAAUUUGGCUAUCGUAGAUAAGUAUUAUUGGGGUAUGCUCAAACGACAUGCAAAAGAGUUUGCAGAAAAAAACCUUAAAGAGUGA